AUCAUUCCAUAUUUUGUGAACAGAAUAACCCAAUUGCUAUCUUAUCGAGAUGCAUCUUUAUCUCAAUACAAUUCUUUGGGUGUGUGAUCGACAAGAGAUGUUGCUGUUCUUUCUCUCAACAUGUUUGGUCUCCAACCCCAAGAAAACCUGUCACUCUUGUAAAAACAGAAGAAUAAUAACAUAUAAGUCUUAUCUUCGCAAGCCUAUUUUGUAUUCCCAGAUAAAGACUGAUCCAGCUAGAGAAACAUUGAAGCAAACAUUCUACAGACAAGUCAAGGUAAUCAAAGAGACUUUAAGAUAUUCAGGUGACCGACCUCUUACCAACAGAGGAAUGGACAAACAAACCGAACAAAAGAUAAUGGAAACCAUCGAAGUAUUGGAAGCAAGUAACCCUGUUCCAAACCCUCUCACUAGUCAAGCCAUCGAAUUGCUUCAAGGAAAUUGGAAACUGAUCUUUUCUACUGCCAGAGAAAUAACAACAUUGAGCUCUCUUCCUCCCAUCUUUCAAUUACAAUCAGUAUACCAAAUAAUUGAUCUAAAGAAUAGGAGGCUCGAGAAUAGAGCUGAACUUGAUGUUGCUGGUGCAAUAAAAGCGUCUGUACGGGUAACUGGAAAGUUUUAUCCUGUAUCCGAAUCAACCUCAACUCCACCAGAGCUACAAGAAACUAGUCUCGAUAGCAAGACCCGAGAAAGAAUACGUAAACUUUUGGAAGGUCGUCGUGUCAAUGUCAAGUUUCAGAAGAGGUCUUUUGGGAUAGAAAGUAUUUUUGGUGUUCCCGUGAAAAGUUUCUUGGAAACAUUGCGACAAGUAAAUGUGGCUCCACUCACUCGACGUGAACCUUCCUUGGAUAUUACCUAUUUAGAAGAGAGCUUUCGAAUAGGUAGAGGAGGUGAUGGAGGGAUCUUCGUAUUAGAAAGAGUUGCUCCUAUUGACAUUCGUCAGAAAUAGAGUGUCAUUUCAAAAUGAGAACAAUGCAGAAUAUUGUAAAAGGAGUGAAAGUUUCCAAGGUGUUCUCAUAUCUUUUCGUUUGUAAAAGGCAAACCAAAUAAUAUUUCAUUGAUGGACAAUAUUCAAUUUUCUCCAUUUGAAAGGUAGUUGUAGUGGGACCUGAGUCAUAAAUGUUACACAAGUAUUGUAGUUGAGGAUGGGCAGUUGAUCUUGAAAGCUCUCAGUUCUCCUCUCAAA